AUGGCGUCAACGCACGUCCUGGUGGACGGGUACAACGCUUAUCACUACACCAGAAACGGUAAGAAAGGUGAUGGAGUCACCAUCUUUGUGUCUGAGGGCAUUCCAUCCAAAUGCCUCCCCGUCGAAUCAGAUGAUCAGCUAGAGAAUCCGUGGAUCGAGGCGGAGGGAAAGGAAGAGGAAUGCAGGGGAUUCAGGGCCUAUCUGGAAUGGUACGUGGAGGCGAUGACGAGGGUGGGGGAGGAGCUGCUGAGACUCACAGCGGAGGCGGCGGGGAUCGACCCGGACUGGUUCCGCCCGAUCUUCGCGGCGGACGGAGGGGACCGGUCUGGAGGAGGGGAUCGGUCUGCAGGAGGGGACCGGUCUGGAGGAGGGUCCAUAUCCGUUCUUCGCCUCUUGAGGUAUCCGCGACGGGAUGAGCCUGCGUGUCCUGCUGCAGUCGAUGGGGAUUAUGUCCUGCAGUGCAGCGAACACACGGACAGCGGGUUCCUCACGCUCCUCUCCACCUUCCACUACGGGGGGCUGCAGAUCGGGCGGGAGGGCGAGGGAUGGCUGGACGUCCCCCCGCGGCCCGACGCGCUCGUCGCCAACAUCGGGGACAUGCUCGGUCGGUUCAGCGGAGGGAGAUUCAAGGCCACGGUCCAUCGCGUCGUCGACUGCGGGGAGGACAGAUAUUCCGUGCCGUUCUUCUUCGACCCUUCCUGGGAUGCUCCAGUCAGCUGUCGGAUGCCGUUCGGUAAUCCGCAUCUUUCCGCUCGACAGUCGGCCGAGGGAGGCCUCACCUACGGACACUGGCUCCUCGGCAAAAUCCUGCAGUUUGCCGAGUUCAAGGACAUCCUGACCGACAAGAAGGAAAAAAAUACGGAGGAGGACCAAUAAAUAGUUUAUUCCAUUUGGGAUGGAUUCCGACACCACUGAACCGACAUUGACUUUGUGCCUUCGUGGAAUGCAAAGUAUAACCGGUUGAAGCCCAUCGAAUGACAGCAAUUAAUCUCAAGAAAUAUUAGUGGCUGGGAUUAUGCACAACACUGGGCAGAGAAAGCUAACCUCAUUGAUGUAUUGUACAGAAAGAAAGUUUGACAUAGAAAUGAACAUCCAUGGAGUCAUUAGGCUUACCAUUUCUCAUGAAUUUUGUACAAGGAUUUUGUACAAGAAGCUCCUUGUACCCUUUUACGAUAUUCUAUUCCUGAGCAAAAGCCCAC